ACUAAGGAAGGCAAAAAAGUUUGCCAAAAUAAUCGGUACAUCAUUACUGGCCCAGCUUGGAAUCCACGGACAGUCCAUAUCUUUCUAGAAACUAGCUAUUUUGCAUUAGUUGGAUGGAACGAGGUAACGCCUUUUCCUUGCUAGAUCUUUGUGUCAGAUGCUCCUCGUCCGCUUUUUAGUUCCGGGUGUGUUAGAGCCGAAGGCAACCCGUUAGUCUGCAGUCAUCACUGUUUUGCAAUCACAUAACUUGUCAACAUAUCUCAAUUUCGCCGUGAUCUACUGGAGAAAUACGUUAUAAUUUAUGCAUUAUAGUUGAAACGAGGGCACCACAUGGGAGAAUGGCGGCAGCGUUACUGUCAGAAACGGAGAUCAGGCAUCGGUCUAUGGCAGAGGAGGAUCCGAACGGGAAUGAGCAUGGGGCGGCUGCUCGCAGCACGGCUCCUCGCUGGGGACCGCAACACGCCGGGGCCCGCCAGCUCGCCCAACUGUACUCACCGGGUAAGCGUCUGCAGGAGUGGUUCUGCGUGAUUCUGUGCCUCACUCUCUUCAUCAUGAACUUCUCCUUCCUCCUCAUCAACUUCUCCACGGUGCACAUCUUCAAGAUUAUCUUCGGCAUUGUGGCUGGGAUCGUCAUGGCAGACUUUGCCUCGGGGAUGGUGCACUGGGGAGCAGACACCUGGGGCUCGGUAGACAUCCCCAUCAUUGGGAAGGCGUUCAUCCGUCCCUUCCGGGAGCACCACAUUGACCCCACGGCCAUCACGCGCCACGACUUCAUCGAGACCAACGGAGACAACUGCAUGAUCACCGUCCUGCCUCUAGCACACAUGGCCUACAAGUUCCUCAGCUACACGCCGGAGGCCAUUGCCGAGGCGUACCCGUGGGAGUGCUUUGUGUUUGCUCUGGCCGUGUUCGUCACAAUGACCAAUCAGAUCCACAAGUGGUCCCACUCUUACUUCGGCCUGCCACGAUGGGUCACCCUCCUGCAGGACUGCCACCUCGUGUUGCCACGGAAACACCACCGCAUCCAUCACGUUUCCCCUCAUGAGACCUACUACUGCAUCACUACAGGCUGGUUGAACUACCCUCUGGACUGCGUAGGUUUCUGGCGUGGGAUGGAGUGGCUGAUUGAGGCCCUGACUGGACAGAAGCCUCGCAGCGAUGACAUGGCCUGGAUCAAGAAGAGUGACUCAUGAAGAAAAUGAUGAGGUUGAUGGUGGUGGUGACCAUGACAAUGUUGAUAACGAUGAUGAUGAUGAUGAUGAUGGUGGGGUUAAUGAUGUGGUUAAAAGGACUUGGCGAGGGGACUUUUAGCUGUUCUUCUGGGAGGAAGGAACUCAGUCCACUCUAUGGGCCUUACCCCUCACCUCCCGUCUCUCACGCCUCCUCUUCUUUAUCACUCCUUUUGAAUGCUCUCCCUCUCUCCCUGAUUCCUCUCCUCCCUUGCGCCACGCUGACACAGGCUGCCUCUCUUCCUCCUCUUCUUCCUGCUACUGCUGCCUUGUUAAAGUAGCUCAAAGACUCAUCAUCAGCAUCACAGCCAUUGAACGCCUUUUUUUUUAUUAUUGGCAUUAUUUUUUUUUUCUUCUUUCUUGUUUUGGUUUUUCAAAUGUUUCAUGAUCAUAGGGUGAGAUUAGUUCAGAUAGCACUGAAGAGAACUGUCUCUACCCAGACAGGGUGAGGUCAGGUAAGGUCAGGCUUAGACUACGUCUACAUUAGUCCCGUUUGUGUUACCUUAAGACUGGCUCCUGGGACUGGAGCAGGCAGGCAAGGGGGGGGGGGUUAACACUUUGCUGACCAAACAGAUUGCUUCCUCUACUUCUGUCCUUUUGUUUUCCUCUUCAGUACAACCCAGAAUUUAACGUUUUCCAGAGGAUGGGCUCUCCAGGAAACAAACCAAGUCAUGUUUAAUUUAUUUUUAUUAUUGUUUUUUUUUUUUUUUAAUGGGGAACAACAACCACAGAGUGAGAAGGGGAUGGGGGUGAAAACCAGAGAGAGAGAGAGAGAGUUAGUGUGUGUGUGUAUAUGAGAGAGAGAGAGAGAGAGAGAGAGAGAGAGAGUGUGUGUGUGUGUAUGAGAGAGAGAGUGUGUGUGUGUGUGUGCGUGUGUGAGAGAGAGAGAAAGAGAGAAGGGAGGAAGUCAUUAGAUACUGUAUAUCUACAUAAUAUAUAUACCAUAUAUAAUAUAGAUAUAAUAUCUUGACAUCAUCUUUUAUGCAGUCCCCUGCACUAGAUAACUUAAUGCUGUUAAAAGGCUUUAGUCCAACACCACCCUUCUCUCCACCCCACCUCCAGUAUGUCACGACCUUAUCAGGCAUCCUGGAUCCAUCUGUCCAUGUCCCUGAACACACACCACCACAGCGUAAGGGUUUGAUUGGCCAGCCGAGCUCUCAUUUCCUGCUCCUGCUGAGCGGCUCGUGAGCAUGUACUGCAGCGCCGGCUCCAUUGACUCAACUGAAUGUUCCCCCCCUGAAUGUCACGCAAGCAGAAAGUACAGCAUACACAAGCCUUAACUGACCAGUCUCUCUCACACGCACACGCACACGCACACGCACACACACACACACGCACACACACACACGCACACGCACACACACAUUCAUGCCCUUUUUACAGAUCAAGAAAAUUGUUGUUUAUGGACUAGUGCUGACAGAGUUGUGUGUGAGAGUGUAUGUGUGUGUGGGGAGGUUUAGAUGUUAGAUGAUGACUUUAAUGUUGGGAAUUAUUUGUUGUGAUGUUAUACAUCACAAAAGGUCAAAGGUCACCAGGAACUUUGGGAUGUUCUGUAAUUUUCUUUGUUUUCAUUUAUCUUUGCACUUUAUUGCGUUAACCAAUUAUUCAUGUAACAGAUGUCUAACAAGCCAAAAUACCCCUUCCCCAUCACACACACACACACACACACACACACACACACACACACACACACACACACACACACACACACACACACACUUUCACAAUGCAGACACCCAAAGAUCUGCACGCUAGGGUGCAAAUGCAAACACACGGAAGCAUAAUUAUACACACACAUGCACACACAGAGACACACAUCCAAUCACACUCACACAGACUCUGCCUGUAUUAGGAUGCAGCCAUACUUCAUGUCCUGUUACUGUUUGUUUUAAUGUCUCUUCCUUUAUGUCCCAACCAACAGCUGCACUGUCCCCAGUCUGAUUUCACUCUCUGGCUUUAUAAUUUUCUAUUUUUUUUAACGAAACGAUCAGCCUUGUAUUUAUUCUUACUCUCCAUCUCGCAGCUGAUGCUUGCUGCUAGUCUGCCUUAAAUCAAUGUUUGUAUUAGCAGUUUGAUUUAUUAAAUAUCUCCUAAAUGAA